UGUUCUGAUGCGUUUAAGGGACAGAACUGUGUCCGCAGUGAGCACCUGAACGCACCACCUGUCCCACCAUGCCGGAGAGGAGCUCCUUAGAGGUGUGUGUGAUCCCGGAGAACCCGCGCUGUGGCCGGCUGGCGGAGCUCCAGAGAGCCGCGCUGGCUCCCGGAGGCUCGCUGCUCGGAUGUCUGGAGGUCGGCGGGCGGCUGCAGGUCUGCGACCCGGCGGACAGAGAGGCAUCUCCGGCAGAGGUGCAAGGAUGUCACGCAGAUUUUCUCUGGGAGGACGUUUCCGUUCUCGGUCGUGGUGUCGGUGUCGGUGGAUUCAGGUUUCUGGCUGUUGGAGCUCAGUUUGACCUGAAGCUGAUGGAGGUGGAGGCGGAGAGAUCGGCCUCCAUUUCUGUCCUCUGUGUCUCUGAAUGUCCCGCGGGAUGCCUGCUGCAGACCGUCAGAGAGCAGGACGACGGUGUCUCUGAGCUGCAGUCGGUGCGUGUCUUGUCGUUUGCCGCCGGCCGCGGCUUCGUGCUGCUGAACUGUGAUUGGCUGCUGCAGCUGCAGUGGCCGCAGACGGAGGCGGAGCCGCAGACGGAGGAGGAGCCGCAGACGGAGGCGGAGCCGCAGACGUUGUCCUGCUGUAACAUCCAGCUGACCGACGUAAACAGAAGCUCUGCCGUCCACCACAGCGUCUGCAGAGACACCCUGUUCAUCCUCAGCUCCAGCGGACUCAUAUCUGUGUAUCACGUCACCGAUGGCCGUCUGCUGGCCAGCAUCGACCUCCCGGCUUACCUGACCUCUGUCCAGACUGACGACGACCUCAUCACCUCCUCUUCCUCCUUCCUCUCCUCCUCCUCCUCCUUCUGCCUCCUCCAGGUGUCCUCUGACCUCAGCACAGCCGUCGCCGUCACUCAGUCUCACACCGCCGUCGCCGUCGACCUCGACCACUACUUCAGUUUGAAUCCAGACCACCUGCUGGGUGUUGCUCCCCCCCGUCGCCCCCCCAUCCGUCCUCAGCUCCACAGAGACCAGGACGGCCUGUCGAGCUCCGACUGCAGCCUCGACGCCCUCGGAUCCACCUUCAGCGCCGACCGCUCCUGGGAAGCUCGUCUGGCCUCCAUGUACAGCAGAGCUGCAGCUUCCUCCACCUCUUCCACCUCCUCCUCCUCCUCCUCCUGGUCCUCCUCCCUCCUCCACCUGGAGUCCCACAGGGCCUCGUCCUCGGCCCACAGCAGAGUGCCUAACGGCGGGGCCACCGCUGCUUUCUCCGUCCCCGAGUCAUCCGCUCCAUCUCUGCUCACCGUGUCCGAGUUCUCCGCCCAGCUGACCUUCGUCUCCCCAGGCAACAGACGGACCACAGUGGCAUUGUGGGAUUUCGAGUCCGGCAGCGUGAGCCAGCACCAGGCGGAGGGCGAGGCGGCUCCGGUGCAGCGCUGUGGAGAGAGACAGCACCGACUGCUGCUGAAGAAGGAUGGAGUCUUCCAGGUCUUGUUCUCAGUGUCCCAGCAGGACUUGCUCAGCAGGUUGAUGUUGUUCGGCAGCGCAGCGACGGUGGACGCAGUCUGUCACCUGAACAGCUGGGGGCGCUGCUCCAUCCCCGUCCACGCCCUGCAGGCCGGACUGAAGAACCGUCAGCUGGACACGGUGGACUUCUACCUGAAGAGUAAAGAAAACCUCCUGAUCCCUGCUGCUGAUCAGCCAUCGGCCUCCACACAGAGCCUGACAGAACGUUUCCAGGAGCUGUGUCCUGCAUUGGACCUGCUCUGUUUGGCCGUCAGAGACUCAAACAGUGAAGCUCAGAGCCGACAGUUCUCCGAGCAGCUGCUCAACAUCACCAUGAGCUUCGUCAACACACAGAUCUGCUCGGUCCUGUCCAACACACAACUCGAGGACGCUGGCGUGCGCGGCUGCGUGGACGCUCUGGACCGGUACCUCACAGAACUGAGGAGCUACAUGAAGAGGUUCCCGUGGCCUGCAGGGGGCGACACCUCCAGCACCAACUCUGCUGAGCGAGCUGAGGAGGAGGAGGAGGCUCAGAGAGAUGAGUGGGAGCAGCUGACUACGGAGGAAGUGGUCCGUCAGUCCGUCCUGACCAAUCAGAUCCCCAGAGCUCAGGCGGUCCUGAGGGGGCGGAGCCAGCCGGAGCAGCGUCUGUCGGCUCUGAGGAUGGAGGGUCUGCGUCAGGUGUUCUGCUGCCUGCAGCAGCGAGACCUGCAGACGGCCAACAGGCUGCUCAUCAACAUGGGUUUCAGUGUGACGAAGCAGCUCCACAGCAUCUGUCUCUACACCGACGACAAGGACCUCAGGGAGUUUGUGGUGGAGGAGCUGAGGGGGCGGAGUUAUUUCCCAGAGGAUGAGAUGCAGAGUGUGGCGUUCAUAAGAGAGAUGGAGAGGUUGGGGUCUCUGCCUGCAGCCCGCCGCCCUGCAGAUAAAACACCACAACGGCUGGUUCAGGUUCAGAUGGUCCGCAGGGAGGCUGGAGGUGGUGAGGAGGUUCUGGAGGAUCUGGUGGGACAGAGGGGGUCCAAGGAGGAGGAUCUCUGGAGGAACCUCAGACUGGACUGGGUGAGAAACUGGGACCAGAGCUGCCAGACCGCCGUCCUCCUGUCCAGACUGCCUCACACAGAGGUGACUUCCUGUGACUCUGCCGUGUUGUGGCGUUACCUGACCGCUUUCCACGACCAGCGCCGGGUGGUGGACUGGAUCCGGAACAAGGAGACCCCCGGUGGCUCCCAGUGGCCUGAGCUGACCCCAGAGCUGGUCAACGACAACACCGUCUGCAGCUCCUACAUGAGGGAGGAGAUCCUGGACCUGCUGGCCAGGAGAGGUCUGUUCGUCCCGGAGGAGCUGGCCGACUUGGAGCAGCUGCUGUGGAGGUUGGCUCAGGGCGGGGGUGAUGGCCUCCCCCCCCAUCCCUCAGUACCGCUCCCCCUCGGCCUCGACCUCCACAGCCUCUUCAUCUCCUUCUGCGUGGACCGCGGCCUGCAGUACCUGCUGUACUCCUACCUGGAGCACCACAGGUUGACACCCAGGAACUGUCCCCUCUUGACCAAUCAGAGUCUGUCUGAGAGCCAGCCCUGGUUUGAGAUGCUGGUGAAGAUCCAGGAGAUCACCAGAGAUCUGUCAGACCCAGGACUGGUCUUCCAGGCCAGUUUAACCAGUGCUCAGGUGCUGUUGCCAGGCAGCCAGGCGUCCCUCAGCAGUCUGCUGUUAGAGGGACACAGUCUGUUGGCCUUGGCCGCCAUCAUGUUCGCCCCCGGAGGGAUCGACCAGGUGAUGGUUCAGGGUGAAAGGUCGGGCAGGUCAGAGAGGGCGGUGGACCCCCAGCUUCUGAAGAUGGCUCUGGCACCCCACCCUAAACUGAGGGCCGCCCUGUUCCCCGCCGGGCCCCGAGGGACCAGCCCGUCCUCAGACAUCUCCGUCUACCACCUGCUGCAGUCGCUCCAGCCUCUGGACCCGUCCAGGCUGUUCGGCUGGCAGGCAGCAAACACCCUCAACUCCACCGAAACGUCAGAGCUGCCUCACUUCUCCAGUCCUCACCUGGUCAGCAGGUUCGCUCUGGUGGAGAACCUGGACUUCCUGUACUACCUCCGUCACGGCCGACCGUCCUUUGCGUUCGCCACCUUCCUCGUCCAGCAGCUGAGCGGCUGCAGUGACGUCACGCUGCUGCUGCAGCAGGCCUGUCAGCAGGCCUACAGGUUGGCCCUGCAGAGUUUUAAUGUGCCGUCUGUGACGUCAGCCGCCGCCUGUUUCUGUGAGCUGCUGGGAGUCUGCAGCCUGAAGCUGAGGGUCGACAUCAGAGCCAUGAACGCCAUCCAGCAGCACUGGAGCCAGAACAACACACAGCAACUACACACUCUGGUGUCUAAAGGUGUAAAGCUGGCGGAGGCGGAGCCUGGAGCAGCAGAGGAGCUGAUUGGCUACCUGGAAGCUGCAGUGACAGACAGUCUGGAGCAGAAGGGCAUCAGCAGGUCGUCCUACGAGGCGGCUCAGGAGUGGGCGUUGCCCGUUCAGUUCUGUCAGCUCCACAGUCUGAAGCUCAGCUCUGUUUACCCCGCCCACUGCACCGAAGACGGACAGUUCAUCCACUUCCUGUUGUUUGUCCAGCUGCACAGCUUCCCGCCCCAGCAGGUGAGGUCACUGGCAGCUCAGUUUGGUCCCGCCCUGCAGGCUCACCUGAGUCUGGCGUUUCAGGACCUGCAGGUGUGCAGUCAGAGCAGGUGGCUCUGUGGCUCUGAGGAGCAGCCCGGGUCCCUGAACGCAGAGGAGGCCGUUCGGAGCCCGGAGCACCCCAGGGAGUUGUUCCAGGUCCUCCUGCAGAGCCAGGAGGAGGCGGCGCCCUGCAGGUACCUGCUGCAGGAGGCACUGGUGCAGCGCUGCCCAACACUGGCUGUAAUGGCUGCCUGUCAACAGGGGGAGGAGCUGCUGCCUUGCCUCUGUGUGUGGUUGUUGACCUCCGUCGAUGUCGCCUCAGCUGUAGAAGCCACCGCUCACCUGGCCGAAGCACCUGAACACCAUGAGUGGACGCUGCAUGACCUGUCAAUCAUCUGGAGGACGCUACUGGGGCGGGGCCACGUCAGGCCCCUUCUGCGAGGCUUCGAGCUCUUCCAGAGGGAUUGUCCUCUAGUGUUGGUGUUGAGGAUGUUUGAGUUGUGUUGUGACUACAGGAACUUCUCUGAGGCCAAAGCGAAGCUGUUGGACUUCCAGAGGACACUCAUCACUCUGAGAAACGGAGGCCCGGCGCCCCCUGGUGGACUCCCCCUGCAGUGGGUGGAGAGCCAGGCCUCGGUGCUGCUCCUCACGAUGCUGCAGCGCUGCUCCUCCCAGUACGACCUCCACCGGCUGCUGCAGCUGCUGGCCGACGUCGACAAGCUCCUCAAAUCCAACGGUCCAGACUUCAGGAAGCUGAGUCAGCUCAGCCAGCUGCUGCAGGGGUCAGAGGUCAGCCUGUCUCCCAGGCUGCUUCAGUGCAGUUCUCCCUCUGUCCAGCUGGAGGAGUUCCAGGCCGCGGUGGACGCUCUGCAGGCCAGGGGGCGCUACAGCCAGGCCCGGCAGGUCGCCCUGCUGGUCGGCCUGCCCGUCCACCGCCUGCUGCUCAGCCAGCUUCUUCAGGAAGUAAACUCCCAGAAGUCCAAGCGCCAGUGGAGGAGGUUGGAGACCCGAGUCAGCCUGUGGAGGAAAUGUCACGAGCAGCUGGAGUCUGAAAGCGCUGAUCCAGAAUCAGCCUCCCAGUUCUUCCUGUCUGAGGCCGAUACGGUGACCGCCGGCUCUCCGGAGGCUCAGACCGAGCUGCUGGACGCCCAGGAGCGCUGCCUGCUGCUCUGCCUCGCCGCUCACUGGCUCUCCCUGCUCCACCCGGCUCCCACGGACCAACUGGAGAGCCUGGAGGAGAAGCUGUGGAUCAGCCGGGUGCGACGACACGUCCUCGCCGUCGCCAUGGAGAAGGAGAGCGUCUUCAACCUGCCGCCGCCGGCCAUCACGCCGGAAAUGAACACAUAUGAGAUGCUCAUGAAGGAGUUCUCCUUCUCCAACAUAUCAUGCCUGAACACCGAGCGGGUUCUCGGUCUGGAGGGACUCCCUGAGGAGCAGGAGGAACCCAACACCGACUCCCCGCUGAGUCCGGAGGAGAGGAGCGCUCUGGCUGCUCUGAUUGGUCAGUUAUUAGACGAAGGCAGCAUCCACGAAGCCAGCCGGGUCUGCCGGUACUUCUCCCUGUUCCACCGGGACAUGUGGGUGGUGCUGCGCUGCAGAGGUCUAGCCUCUGGAGACCUGAACCCCGAACCACAAGAGGAGGCGUCUGAAGUUCUGCCAAAGAGCAUCACCGGCUCUCCCUCCAUGAGCAGCCUGGCGUCCUUCGUGGUGCUCCCCCUCCCUGAAGACGAGGUCGCGGUCCAGCUCCAGAACCUGGUGGAUCAGUGUCGCCACGGCAACAACUACUGCAAACAAGUCCUCAGCCUCUACCAGCUCUCCAAGGAGCUGCAGUGCUCCUUCAGCGAGAUGUGCAGGGAGGAGCCUCGCUCGGUGCUGGAGAAGCUGCUGCUGUCGGAGCAGCCGGAGCGCUUCAGGAAGGCCCAGGCCUUCAUCAAAGCUCAGGGUCUCUCUGCAGACUCCGUGGCCGAGCUGGUGUCCUCGUCCGUGGUCCAGGCGCUGCUGGCCUCCACCCAGGAGCUGCAGCCCGCAGAGAGGCAGGUGUUCAGGCCGUCAGAAGGCCGGGACUCGAUGGUCCAGCUCGUCAAACUGUGUGACGAUCCGAACCUGGUGGGAGUCAAACUGCUGGAGAACCUCAACACUGUUCCACUGAGGGACCUGAACUGCAUUGUGGAGCUGCUGGUCGUGGCUCACGACUGCUUCAGUCUCACCUGUAACAUGGAGGGCAUCGUCAGAGUGCUCCAGGCCGCACGCCACCUCAGCCACACCUACCUGUCCCGGGAGCACUACGGCCUGCUGGUGCGUCUGCUGACGGGUAUCGGCAGGUACAAUGAGAUGACGUACGUCUUCGACCUGCUGCAUCAGAACCAUCGCUUUGAGAUGCUGCUGAGGAAGAAGAUGGACACGGACAGAAGACAGAGCUCCAGUCUGAAGACGGCCCUGCUGGACUACAUAAAGCGCUGCCUCCCCGCAGACAGCGAGAAACACAACAUGGUGGCGCUGUGCUUCAGCAUGAGGAGGGAGAUCGGAGAGAACCACGAGAUGGCGGCCAGGACGCAGCUGAAGAUCAUCGAGUCUCAGGACUGGGUGGUGACUCCUGAUCUGAAGAGCUCGUUGGUCAAAGUGUUGGGUCUGCUGAGGGACGCUGCAGAGAGCUUCUCCAAGGACUCGUGUGUGCGUCAGGCGAGCCGCUGUGUUCGGACGGCCAAACUCGUCGCUCUGCAGCUUCACUUCCUGAAUCAGGGGUCGGACCUGAGAGUCGUUAACCUUCGACCUGCAGAGCUGCUGAACGCCGUCACGUCGCUGCCUCGAUGCUACCAGGUGUUCGUGGUGUCCGAGGCGUACAGCUACAGUCCGGACUGGGCCCAGAUCCUGUACCAGAAGGUGAUCCUGAACGGGGACUUUGUCUACCUGGAGGAGCUGAAACGCCACCGCCCGCUGACCUCCAGCCUGUUUGAGGACAUCUUCAAGAAGCUGGACGGCGCUCCGGGCAGCGUCACCGCCAACGUGAAGCGUCUGCUGACUCACUGUGAUGACGUGUACAGCCGCUACAGACUGGCCUACCAGCAGAACCUGUACGACGUCACCAAGACGCUGCUGCAGGACGCCAAGACCUCCAGCUACCUGAACGACAGGCUGGCCAGCUGAUCGGCUGACGACUGAACCAAGAACUGAAAUACAUUUAUUUAUAAAAAAGCAAAACGUACAAAAAAAGAACAGUCUUUGUCUUUUCUAAAUCUGUGAAUUAAAAAUGAUUUUAUGCUCAUGAAAUAACUGAAUAGAAGCUUUUUAUACUAAUAAAUGAUAAGAAAAAUGAAAUACUGGAGAUUUACUGUCCAAAAAUCUAAAUGUAUAAAGUCACGACAUGAUAUAAGAAAUUACAUUAA